CUUCGCCGCAAAGAUUAACUCAGUUGGUAUAAGGCAGAGGUCGAGCAAAGUUGAUCUACAUUCCCAUUUCCGUCAAUAAGUUAGACAAUCGAAAAACAUUCAAUCCCACAAUGGCUAAGGAUAAUUUAACCGCAGUUCUGUAUGGCAUAGAAGACAUGCGAUUGGAACAACGUCCCAUACCGGAAAUUGCUGAUAAUGAGGUACUUUUGGCCAUGGACAGUGUGGGCAUUUGCGGUUCAGAUGUUCACUAUUUGGCAAAUGGACGCAUUGGUGAUUUCAUUCUUACCAAACCCAUGGUUAUUGGCCACGAAGCUGCUGGUGUUGUUGCCAAAGUUGGCGCAAAGGUGAAACAUCUUCAAGUGGGUGAUCGUUGUGCCAUUGAACCUGGAGUGCCCUGUUACAUUUGUGAUUUCUGCAAAGGAGGCAGCUAUAAUUUGUGUCCAGAUAUGAAGUUUUGUGCCACACCACCCUACGAUGGCAAUUUGACGCGCUACUAUAAGCAUGCCGCUGAUUUCUGUUUUAAAUUACCCGAUCAUGUGACCAUGGAGGAAGGUGCUCUCUUGGAACCCCUUUCGGUGGGUGUUCAUGCAUGUCGACGCGCUGGUGUGGGUUUGGGAUCAAAUGUUUUGAUAUUGGGAGCAGGACCUAUUGGUUUGGUCACCCUGUUGGUGGCCCAAUCGAUGGGAGCUUCGAAAGUUAUGGUCACAGAUUUGGUGCAACAGCGUCUAGAUGUUGCCAAGGAGUUGGGGGCUACACACACACUGCUGAUGAAACGUGAAGAUGUAGCCGAGGAGGUGGCCCAACAAGUGCAGCAAUUGAUGGGUGUUAUGCCGGACAAGACCAUAGAAUGUUGUGGGGCAGAGACUACUACAAGAUUGGGAAUUUUUGCCACUCGUUCUGGCGGCUGCUGUGUUAUUGUGGGCAUGGGAGCUCCAGAAGUUAAGCUGCCUUUAAUCAAUGCCUUGGCACGAGAAGUGGAUAUAAGAGGAGUCUUCCGCUACUGCAAUGACUAUUCCGCUGCCCUGGCUUUGGUAUCAUCGGGUAAGGUGAAUGUUAAGCGUUUGAUAACCCAUCACUUCGAUAUAACUGAGACUGAUAAGGCAUUCGAGACGGCUCGUAAAGGCCUGGGUGGUGCCAUUAAAGUGAUGAUCCAUGUUCAACCUAAGGAUACUAACAACAAAUAAAUAAUAAUUAUUUUCAAAACUAUGUGAACAAUAAAGAUUUUUUAAUAAGA